UUCAUUUGGUUGUUACGUGCUGCAACAAGCAUAAAAAUAGUGUCACUUAUAGAGAUGGGCUCUACGUAUAUGCAAUUUGCCAUAAUUAUUCUAUUAACUGGACAGUUAACGAAUGGCCAUCACUGGGGAUACAGCAAAGAAGAACAGGCAAAAUGGAAGGAACAGUUCAAAUCGUGUGGAGGUCUUCGUCAAUCUCCAAUUAAUAUCCAUAAAGCCAUUGGCAAACGCAUGCGUGCAUUAAAACUUCGAAAUUACCGUGAUCCAUUACCGGGACCCCUAAUGCUGCAUAAUAACGGUCAUACAGUGGCUCUAGAAAUUGCCCAUCCUCCACGUAAUCAAUCCGUUCCUUAUGUAGUUGGAGGUUUGUUGACAAAAACGUACAAAUUUGAAUCUCUUCAUUUUCAUUGGGGCGAGAGGAGUGAUUUGGGAUCGGAGCAUACCUUCAGUGGCAAGAGAUAUCCGAUGGAAAUGCAUAUGGUACAUAGAAAUAAAAAUUAUCCCACUAUGGAAGAGGCAAUGAAGCAUGCUGAUGGGUUAACAGUUCUUGCCUUUUUUUAUAAGCUUCAUGAAGAUAAUAACAAACAGCUAGAUCAGCUGGUAAAACAUCUUCCCAGUGUAUACGUUCCUCACGCAAACAUAACCUUAACUGAAACGUUUGCACUAACAUCACUUAUACCCUCUCGCGAGAAUAUGCGGCGUUACUACAUCUACAAAGGAUCUCUUACAACACCGCCGUGUUCAGAAGCUGUCACAUGGAUUGUAUUUCCAAGUGCGAUGCCUGUAUCGGAAGUUCAAUUGAAUAAAUUUCGAAGCAUGUUCGGCCAUGACUCCCACACCAAAUUGACCAACAACUUCAGACAUGUACAAAAAACUGGUAGAAGAAAAGUUUUUGUCCGCAUACCUAGACGCAGAUCUUCAGAGAAGAAACAGAUCAUGGAACCAUCAGAACCGGUUUAACCAAAGAAUGGUGUAGGCUUCUUCAUAAAUAUCGUAUGCUUUUUAUGUGCAAUCAAGUGUAAAUCUCUGACGGAGGAUAUUACUUAUAUGUCAUAAAAGCUAUACUUAUACUGUAUUUUAUAUGUGGUAUAAAUAAACUGUUGAUUA